GCGCUGGGGCUGUUGGUGUAGUAGGGAGCCAGGAAUUCACACCGAAGUUUAAAGCGUGGAUUGUUUUCAAGUCCAUGAAAGCAAAAUGCGUCACAGGCUGCUCUAAAGCAGUGUCUCGGUCAGUUAAAUAGCGCCUUGUGUUGGCGUUUUUUUUUUCCGCCGAGGCAUGUGCGGUAGUAACAAUUAACUGUCAUUUUCGGUAGGUAACACAGUAGCCGUGCAAAACGAAAUGCGUCUGUGCUGCGUCUGGGCUCGGUCCCCCGGCAUGCCAGCGAUGUGUCAGUGAUCGCCGGUAGUGCGUAAGUGCAGGUAACCUGGAUCCCGUUAUGCCGGGUUAUUUCCAUACCAGCGACGACUCUCGCUUUGAUCGGUUCACGUUUAAUUGACCUACUUGGCUCCUAGCAGCGAGAGAGUUACCUCUCCCGUUUUUUGGUUUGGUUUCUGCUUUUCGUGUUUAACGGGGUUGCUGUGCUGUACCGUACAUGCCAGGCGAAGGUGACAAGCUGGAGGAACUGUAUCACCUGGGGAGAUCGGGAGAAGCGAUGGGAGAGUACGGAGGCGAUCUCAACGCUAACCUGCUGUGUCCCGAUACCGGAGACCCGCAGCUGGACAAGGCGGUGGUCCAGUGGAUGACCUGGGACCAGAACCCGCAGACGAGGGCUCAGAUCGAGAGCCUGGCCAGGGAGGGGAAGAGGCAGGAGCUGCGGGAACGCCUGUGCUCCAGGAUGACGUUCGGGACGGCCGGACUGCGCGCGCCCAUGGGCGCCGGCUUCGCCCUCAUUAACGACCUCACGGUCAUCCAGUCCACACAGGGGAUGCACAGGUACCUGGAGAAGAGCUUCCCUGACCUGCGGAGGAGGGGGGUUGUGAUUGGCUACGACACUCGAGGCCAGGAGGCCAGCAACUGCAGGAGUGAGAGACUUGCAAGGCUGGCUGCUGCAGUUCUGCUUUCCAGAAACGUCCCGGUCUUCCUGUUCUCCACUUACGUGCCUACCCCCUUCGUGCCGUAUGCAGUGAGGAAGCUGGGCACCGCUGCUGGUGUGAUGGUCACAGCCUCCCACAAUCCCAAGGAGGACAACGGAUACAAGGUCUAUUGGAAAAAUGGAGCCCAGAUAGCAUCUCCUCAUGACAAGGAGAUCCUGAAGUGCAUAGAAGAGAGUCUGGAGCCUUGGAGCGAUUCCUGGAAGGAAAAUCUGGCAGACAGCAGUGAUUUAAGGAGUGACCCCUUGGAGAAAAUCUGCAGGAGUUACAUGGAAGAUUUAAAAUUAGUCUGCUUUCACAGAGAACUUAACACAAAAACGCCUCUAAAGUUCGUGCACACGGCCUUUCACGGAGUGGGACACGAGUACGUCCAGCAGGCGUUCCGAGUGUUCGGCUUCCUCCCGCCUCUUCCUGUCCCGGAGCAGAAAGAUCCCGAUCCAGAGUUCUCCACCGUCCGCAGUCCCAAUCCUGAGGAAGGAGAGUCAGUCUUGGAGCUUUCCCUUCGACUGGCAGAGAAAGAGGGUGCCAGGGUAGUUGUGGCCACAGACCCUGAUGCUGAUCGUCUGGCAGUAGCAGAGCAGUAUGAGCCUGGCCGCUGGAAGGUGUUCACUGGGAACGAGAUGGCUGCUCUGCUGGGCUGGUGGCUGUUCUGGAACUGGAGGGAGAAGCACGCGGACAUGGCGGACUUGGACAGAGUCUACAUGCUGGCCACCACAGUCUCCUCCAAGAUCCUGAGGACCAUCGCCCGGAGGGAGGGCUUUCACUUUGAGGAAACUUUGCCAGGCUUCAAAUGGAUUGGAAACAGAGUGAAAGAGUUAAUGGACAAAGGGAACGAGGUGCUGUUUGCGUUUGAAGAGUCCAUUGGCUUCAUGUGCGGGACCUCGGUCCUAGACAAGGAUGGGGUGAGUGCGGCUGUAGUUGUGGCAGAAAUGGCCGCUUACUUGGAGACCAGGAACUUCACCAUGACUCAGCAGCUGGCGCAUAUAUAUGAAGUGUACGGGCUGCACAUCUCCGAGACGUCCUAUUUGAUCUGCCACGACCCUCCGACGGUCAACAGGAUAUUCGCCCGUCUUCGCAACUUCGGCGGCGAGGUGCGGUACCCGUUGUCGUGCGGAGAGCACAGCAUCACGCACAUCAGGGACGUCACCACGGGCUACGACAGCAGCCAGCGCAGCGGGAAGAGUGUUCUUCCCAUUGCUAAAAACAGCCAGAUGGUCACCUUCACUUUCCAGAAUGGGAGCGUGGCGACUCUGAGGACAAGUGGCACAGAGCCCAAGAUCAAAUACUAUGCGGAGCUGUGUGCCGCUCCAGGAAAGAGUGACCUUUCCAGCAUGAGGGAGGAGCUCCGGAAGCUGACCGCCGCUCUGGUUGAGGACUUCCUGGAGCCGGACAGGAACAACCUCACGCGACGCUCCUCCAGAGAGAGUGAAAAACUACUCUAGUAUUAAAAUAUUCAGCGGAAUGGUCACUGCAUUGCACUGCCUAAAAAAAAAAGUUUAAGGGAAAUGUCCUGGGGGUUUAUGUUUUUUUACUUGUUAUGAUGUUGACUGCGUUAUUGAGACACUUUGUUCCAGUUUAAUUACUUUGACCUGCAUCUCUGUCUUGCUUGCUGGAUUGCGUUCUGCCAGACAGAUGAGCAGUCUAAGCCUUCCUGAGGCUCGAUGCCAGAUGGUUGUAUUGUUUUGUUCUUCAACCAUUAUAGAACACCAGGGUUCAGUUUCAUGAACCACGUUCUGGUUCUGCGUUUCUUAAAACCCCAGCAGAAUAAACUUGCAAACCUUU